AUGUCGGUUCUGUGCUUGAUCUUCGGCUUAUGGAGUUUCGGCACAAAUUGGACUACCACACUCUUGUCUUUUCUCCAAUGGGAUACUGUAGAAGUUCUAAGUAUUAUUGACCUUGCUUACAUUCAAGCUUUUGGUAGUCUUUGCAAUGCUGUAGGCGCUCUUGUUAUCGGACAAAUGACGGAUAGUAUCGGUCCCAAGAUCAUGUUCAUUGUGUCCACGCUGUUAACAUCUGCAUAUUACGUUUCACUGGGCUUCACCCGGACAUGGUGGGCAUUUUUUGGAAUACAAGUAAGCUCCCAUUGGUUAAUCAAUACUAUAAUUCGUUUAGCUCUUCCGCGUCGGAUACCAACUCGAUGCAACGGCAGAAAUGUAUCUAGCAACUGUGACAACCGAGAGAGAAAGGACGGGCGCUUUAAUGGUUCUUACGAUCCCUCAGGUAUGCUAACGUAACUUAUAAUAUUUUUCCAGGCCAUCUCCAUGUUCCUGGCACCAAUGACAGCUUCUAAAGUUGCCGUGUGGACGUCGCUGCGCACUUCGCAAAUUAUCAAUGGAUGUGUGAUGCCAUUGUUAUUGUUGCCAGUAUUGAUGUUCUUCCUUCCAACUACGCAUUCUAUUCCACGAUUAGCUUCGGCGAGACUCCGUCCUCACGAUUACUGGCCGAUGAUUCGAAGAAAUGCGGCAUUGAGAGAAGGUCUUAUCCUGAGGGCUCUACUGGUUACAGCUUACGUUUGUUACGAAUUAAUUGCGCGUAAUUUCUUGCUACGCGCAUUUAUGAAAGGCACAACUGACAGUGCCGAGGUUAUCAUCACCAUGGGAGCUUCUCUUCUGAUCGUUCAAUUCUUCAUUCUUCCUUUCCUUCAGAAAAGAUUCAGCCCCAAGACCCUGUUACAAAUUGCUGUUGGCGGUCUAUUGUUCAGUUAUGCUAGCGUUACUUUCACUACAAGUCUCUAUCAAUUCUUGGCCAUUACAGCCAUACAAACAGGAAGUUACGCAGUUGCAUAUGCCGAAUCUUGUACCCAAAUCACCUCGUAAGUUGAAAGCAUAAAUAAGCGUAAAUAUAAUUUCAGCGCCGUAGAAACUGGAGAUCUCGGAAAGGCAACUGGACUCGCUUCCAUGGCGCAAUGGAUCGUCCAUUUCAUCGUUCCCAUUUACACCUCCCACUUGGUCAACCACUGGCACUACACCUACGCAUUCUACUCCAGUGCGAUAAUAAUGAUCGCUACACUCGGUUUUAUUACAGCGUUCGCAAAGAACACAAAUGCUAGAUUAGGCACUGUCCUUCCAAGCAUGAUAGUUACAUAA